AUGGCCAACUCAAACUUGAAACUCUAUCACUUUGAUGAGAAAGGAAGAGCAGAAGUACUUCGUCUCAUUUUAACUUUGGCUGGAAAAUCAUUUGAAGACAUCAGGAUGACACGCCAGGAGUGGCUUGAAGUGAAACCCACAAUGCCGUUUGGUCAAGUCCCAGUGCUUGAAGUUGAUGGCCACAAAUUUUGUCAAGGUGUGGCCAUUGCUAAUUAUUUAGCAGAUGAAUUUGGCUUUUAUGGAGAAACAACCCUGGACAGACUACGUAUUGAUAUGAUUAGCCAGCUGGUUUAUGAUUUCAGAUUCAAUGCUGCCCAAUAUUACUUCAGCAACAAUGGUAUAACCAACCCAGCCAUUGGUGAUACAAUUCGUGAAGAGCAUGUCCCGAAGUACCUCAGCUUUCUGGAGCAGCUGCUGAAAGAAAAUGUUGGCAAGUUUAUGGUUGGUGACAGUAUCACCCUGGCAGACCUGGUUGUUUUUGAUAUGGUUACUGGGUUUUUGGGGGAGUUCGUUGAGCCAAAGUCAGCUGAAUAUCCUAUUUUAAAGGACCUUGUUGAUAGAGUUGGUAACCAUGAGAAAAUUAAACAGUAUUUAGCUGAAAAAUAUCCCUAA